UCGCACAUGUGUUUUUGAGUUGAUAACGAAGAGCAUGCGUACCGAAGUGAUAUCGUGAAAAUAUUUCUGUAAUAUUUUGCUCUUAGUUGUUUAUGUUAUAAAUCAAAUUUACACUGUAUUGAAAAUGAUAACUAGAAUAAAUAAAUGUACAUUAUAUUUGACUUUCUGAUUUAAGUGUUUUUAAGUUGAUAGAUAAUUAAGGUUAAUGCGUCAUAGUGAAUACACGCAUAACCUAUCUAGCAGCUAAACGUUAAUUAGCGAUGGAAGAUGAGGAAAAAAGAUGUCACGAAGAGCCUAGUGAAUUUUAUUUUGAAUCUGAUCAUUUAGCAUUAAAAGGAAAUAAAGAUUAUAAUACUGUCUUAAAAACAAUCGUCAUUCUUGAAGCACAACGUGCUCAAGCUAUAGAAGAUCUAGAUAAACUUUUAUCAAUUCGUUCUAAAGCGCUAAAGGAUCCGAUAUCUUUUGUAGCUCAAAUACAAAAUGGUGAGCUACCAGAAUUACCAGGGCCACAAAAAAUUGCCGAAAUCCCUUACAUUGAUUGGAAACAAUAUAACAUAGCUCCACCUGAUACGCGAAUGAGACCACAAACAAGACAUGGGCACAUUUUGCCACAUAUACAAACAAAAUCAGAACAGGAGGAUGGAAAAAUUUUAGUAAGAGGACGUGCUUUUGAUGAAAGCAAACCAGAGACUUUCAAUCAAUUGUGGACAGUAGAAGAACAAAGAAGACUAGAGGAACUUUUAAUUGAAUAUCCACCAGAAGAUGUUGAAAUGAAAAGAUGGACUAAAAUAGCUAAUGCUUUAGGUAAUAGGACUCCAAAACAAGUGUCCAGCAGAGUCCAAAAAUAUUUUAUUAAACUCUCAAGGGCUGGACUACCUAUACCUGGUCGAGGUCCCAAAAUGAAAUUAGACAUUAAAAAAGGAAAUGGUCAUAGACAUCAACGCCAUAAUUCUUCAUUAUUGAGACGUUCUACAUUUUUUCCUCAUCAAGAUAUGUCCUUUGCAAUACCUGAUGAAAGCAAAGAACAGAUAAUUACAGAAGAAUCUGAAGAUGAUGCUGGAAAUAGUAUUGAUGAUAAUCCUGAACUGAGACACAUAGAAUUACUAAAAGAAGUAAAAAUUGAGAAAGAGCAGAAUUUGUCUCCUAUAUAUAAACAUAUUGGGUAUAAGUGUUCAAUUUGUGGAGAAGACCCUUUAAUAGGUACAAGGUGGCAUUGCACAGAAUGUCAAGAUGGAAUUGAUUUAUGUGCUGAUUGUGCUGUAGCACAAUUAGAAGCUGAAAAACCAUUACAUGAUACACUACAUAGACUGAUUCCUAUAAAACCAUCCCAAUAUACUAGAAGCUAUGAUCUAGAUUAUUUUCCACAAAGUUUCAGUAACUCUUCUUAUAAUUAUUUAGAUCCUAAUUUUUUACCUGAAUAAUUACUACUUGAUCAAAUAAAUAAAAAUUUAAUUCUCACAAAAGUA